GCGUGGGUGUGGGUGUGUUGGUGGGUGUGGGCGGAGGCAGCAGUGGGCGCCUCAGAACCAAAACAAAUAUGGCGUCACUCGGGCAGGAGGCUACGAUGUUUUGACUCUCAUGUCCUUGACCGCCUCCUCCCCUCCACAUUAGUUAUCAUCGUGCAAGAUCAACAUUUGUGGCAUGAGACGAUCACGCUGGGACAUCAAGGGGGAGCGUGAGUGCCCAAAGGAACAACCAAGAAGAUGGGGCAAUCGUUGUACUUCACAAAUGGAUUGGAAUAUGAAUAAUGACUCGGAGUCCCAUCCAUCAAUGCCGUCUCCCCCAAGACAGAGAGCCACUCCUUCGCCAAUUGAUUACCGAAGUGAAAGUCGACGGCGCCACGAUAACGAACAGGACAGUAAUGUGCCCCAGAGUUCGGCAGCACCAUCCCAUGGUCCUCAACAGUCGUUGAUGGGCCCUCCAUCUACACACUUUACGUCAUCAUGGCCCUUGUUGGCAGCACAGAAUGUAUUUACAGAUUCAGAUCGUGGACAUCAUGCGCCUCCUCCUUAUGCAACUCAUCAACGCUGGGCCCAGGCACAUCCGGGUUACUUUCAAACAGAUGGUGGCCAGUAUGCCUUUGAUAUGAAAUGGUGGGCCCAGCAAAAACAGUCAAUGGAUGCUUAUUUGAGUGGUCCUAGCUGGAGAGAUGACACUAAAAAUUCCCAUCCUGAUUCUGGAAUGCCACAGUGGUCAUUUGGCACUCGUGUAAUGAAAAAUGGCAAUAAAAGACAUAAUGGCAACAGAUCUUUAAACCGCAAUCAUCAUUCAGACGGUAAUUAUAAUGGGCAAAGACACGAUUCCAGUUAUGACCCUAUGGAUCCUCGCCGGAGGUCGUCGUCUUUGUCACACAACAAUCAGAAGGCUCGAGAUGGUAGCAGAUCCAACAGCUGUAACCAUCAGAUGGAGGGUAAUUACAAUGGGCAGAGACACGAUUCAGGCUACAGUCAGGCAGACCCUCGAAGACAACCUUUAUCAUAUCAAACGCAGAGAAUCAGAGAGAGUUUACACGAUUCUAGAAGACGAUACGUUAUUGAUAGGAGAGACCCCAGAAAGACAAACUCUGUUUACCACUCGCUUGCUUGGGGCAGUAGUGAUAAUGUUAGCGGAAAAGGAAGAGGAAAUAAAGGUGGGAAGAAAAGUAAAGUUAAGUUGCAGCCCAGUAAAUUUGAUGUACCUGGUAGUUUUAAGUCUUGUGGUGCAGUGAGUAGAAGUAUACGACCUAUUAGUACAAGUGCUUCUCUGACUCGGGCAAGAGAUGAUUGGUCUAUUUUUAAGAAUAAAGGUAAAGAGAAAAAAGGGAAAAAAAUAACUGGUGAUGAGAGUGCUACUUAUGCCGAAGCAGCAAAGAAAAAAGCACUGGCUGCAGCAGCAAACAAACUGAGGAGGACAUUCCUUGCUGCAAAGAAAAAAAAUGGAGGAGGAGAAUGUUCACCAGCUGAAGAUGACAAUGAUGUUGACACGACAGAAACGGCAGAAGAUAAUAACGCAGAGGAUUUAUCCAUGCCACGGCGCCACCCUAGCUGCUUGGAAUUUGACAUUGAUAUACGCUUCAGUGCUAAAGAAUGGGCAUCGGUGGGAUCUGGUCAGGGUGGAACCAGCAACAUUCUCGAUAUACCACAAGCAUCUGCUUCACGAAAACGAUUAAAUGCCUUGCAGAAGAAUAGCAAUAUUGGAUGCAGAGAGGAACAAGAGGACUCUGGUACUUAUUCUGACACAGAUGUUGGAAGAGCAGAACCUCAUUGGUCUGUAAAUGCUGCACAACUCUCUUCGUCAUCAACACUCACUCGCCGACGACACUUGUCCGAGAGCUCGGGGGUAAUUGACCUACGGAAAAAUCCUACAAAUGGAUGCUCGGCAUCAAGACCUGGCCCUGGACGUAUAAGAUCGUGCUCCAUGAGUCUAGUAGAGGGAGCAGGCUCCAGCAAAGAUGGACAGGGAGGCUCGGGUGAAAGACCAUCCCGCAUGAAGCUGCACCUGAUGCCAAAAUUAAGAAGAUUAAUGCUAAAGCAACUGCUCACAAUGGAUAAAAAAUCCCUUCAGGAGUUGGUAGAUGACCCACGAUCUCGUAAGGCACAGUUUAUGAUGACACACCUCAUGUCCGAGCACCGUGCAGCUCUGUCGCAGCGUCUCACUCAGCAACGCUUCAGGAUUCCCGACUCUUUGCACGAUGAUGAGCUGCAGCUGUUGAAUAGCUUGGAGAACUCUCAACUAAAUUCUGUUCCACCCGAAGUUGUGCAGCAGGUUCGGGAAAUUCUUGCUUUGGAGCAGAACGGGAAUACCAGAGCAUGGGAGGAGGUAACCUUUUCCCUGAAUGACCUUCUGAAUGCUGACUCCGAUCACGACCUGGACUGUCAGAUAAUAUCCCCACCGCCACGGGAUCCCGCCUCCACCAUCACCAUCCACGACUCAGACUCGGAAAUGGAAGAUCUCAUUCAAGGUGAAGGCGAGAGUGAACAUGAAGAGGAUGACCACGAGCCAGAAGAAAGAGAGCACGAAGAUGACGACCAUGAGGAUAGGGAGAGUGAUCGUGAAGAUGAAGAUCAAGAAGAUGAAGACGAGCAUGAAGACGAAGAGGAGGAGGAAGAUGAAGAUGAAGAGGAGGAGGAGGAGGAGGAGGUGCAGCACCAAGUGUCUGUCUCGCCAGAAAAUGUCGAGUCAAGUGACACUAGAACCUCAAUCAGUAAGAGAGAAGUGGCCACACCCCACAGUGGCAGCAAACCCUCAGGUGCUCCCUUACAGAUGCUGCCGCCUAUUCCCGUAGAAGUGCCACUGUGCGUUAUGGAAUCCCUAGCUAGUGGCCCUAACAGUACUAGAGAUCUAACAAACCAGGUGUCUGAUGCCACACUAAAUUUGAUAGCCUCAAGUCAGCCACCUUUAAAUAGCCAAAGGCCGGCAGCUGAAAACAUCUCGGUGCCUGGACCCAGUUCGCUUCUUUUGGCUCCGCCUAGACUAAAGGUAAAGGAAGAACGUCCAUCGCCCAUCAGUGAAUGUGGCCUCUGCAUGCACAAUCCACGAACGCCUCACACCUCAGAAUGCGUAUACCCUUAUGGCCUAGCUCCUCCGUCUCCUGUGGCACUGAUGCCCGGGCCCCCACGGCCCUUGGGCACCACACCGCCACAGAGGCCAGUCCCCCACAUGCCAGCCACUCAGCAGCCUCCUGCCGUCCCACUCUCAUCGACUCAUUACCAGAGGUCUAUCAAGCAGGAGAAGCUUGAUGACUCGUAUCUGAAGUACGAACAUGUAAAACGGCCAUCCUCCGAAGAGCGUCCAAAGAACCCUGCUCCUCCUGAUGCACUACCUCUUCCUCCUCCUGCCCAAGGCCUACACCAUCCUCCACAUCCAAGGCCACUCAUAUUCUCUCCUGACAAUGAUUUCCCGGAUCCUCCGCGUCCACCGCCACCUCCGCCCCCGCAGUUCAGUCCACGCAUCAAGAUUGAGCGACAUACACCUGUCCAGUUCAUGUGCUGCUGCAUGCGAAAUGAGUGUGAACGAAGCAGCACGCACAGUGCAGAGAUGCGGCCACCUUCCCGCCGCAAUGGAACUACUCCACAACCUACAGAAAGAAGACCAACGCCACAUCUGUACAAAAUGGAACCACCGUCCCCUUGUGCCUCACUGGCCAGAACUCCACACCAAAGUCUUCCUGGCCACUUUGCACCACCAGCUUCACCUCGUUGUCAUAGUAAUACAGUGGCAGCUGACGCUAGAGUUACUGUUGGUGUACAGACCGAGAAGGAACGACUUGUUCCAGCAUAUGACCAAUCCAGUAAUAAUAAUAAUAAUAAUACUAAUAACAAUAAUAAUAAUAACAAUAAUAAUAAAAGACAGUAUGUUCCUAACUUAAGUUUAGCAAGAAGUGUAACACCAUUAGUUACUAUUAAAGUGGAUCAGAGUACAAGUACAGAAGAUUUAGGUGGUGCAUGGGAGCAACAACAGCAACGUGGGAAAAGCAGAGGCAAAGGUUGGUGGUGGCAUCGUAAUGGCCGCCCUAGAAACCACCUCAGUCAAUUAACUUCUAUUUCAAAUUCUUUAAGUGAUUUUGAAUUUAGUCAGGAUGCAGGAAUUGCAUUGCAGCAAAUGAUGGUUUUCAGUGAGCAAGAAACAGAAUUUGUCCGACACUUGGAAAGCAUUGAUCAAGAAAUACACGAGCUCAUGCGGGAGAAAAAGCGAAUGACUGAGGAACUGGGACGCCUCCAGCAUCUCCGUAUAGGUAAGCUACAACAGCUAGUAAGACAAGGUGGCGCUAGUAGUAGCAUAACCGGAGCUGUGGUCCCUAGAGGAGAGCCUCCCGUACUGCGAGGAACUUGUAGCGACAUAAGACCGCCACGAACUCUUCAUCAAGACUCUAGCUCAGAUGGGGGUGAUCAUAUGGAUACUAGUAAUUCUACCACCACAUACAAUAUUGAAAAUAUUUCACUUCGGUAUGGAUUGUCUAAGGAAGACGUUUGUGUUCAGUCUACAACAGAUAAUGCCUCGGUUGUAACUUCUUCACAAGAAAAGGGCCCAAGGGUACGCUCUUUUAGUUUCUCUCACACUUCCUCUAAUGACUCCAGCAAUGAAUCUCAGACUGUUAGAAGACAAAGAUGUACAUCCACGUGUCAUUCUCCAGGCAGAAGCUUGAAAUCUAAAGAAACUCUUCAAAUUACUUAUCUUGGUCCCAUUAAUCCUAACGAAGAAUUUUAUCAACAAAUAGCCAGUAACAUUCAUAAACUGCAACAGUCCAUUUCUAAUACAGAUUCAGAAACUGACAAUGAUGUAAAAACUUUGGAGGUUCCCGUUGAAAGUUCAGAGGCAAAUGUAUUUUAUAAAACCGAUGUCAGAGAAGCAACAAGUAGGAAUAGAAGUAACUCUUUGUCUAGUUCAGCUGAAGGUGACAUUGAAAGUGAAGUUCCUAUUGAUCAUGAUGAGGAAGAGGAGAGAAUACCAAGACGAAGGCACAACCUGUCUACUGAUGAAGGCGAAGCUGUUGUCGAUUCCUCUGAGCAGCUUGAUAAAAUAGACAAUGAUUCUUCUCAAGGAGAUACUGAAGACCAGUCUGUAGAAAAGCCUCAGGAUGCUGAAAAAGAAUUAAGUGUGCACAUUUGUCAACAAGUAGAUAAUGGAGAAAUUAAGAAAGAGGAGGAACUGAAAUAUUCUCAAGAUGCAGGGUCAUCUGAACCAGGGUCAUCUGAACCAUCUCAAGAAGCUGAGUCAUCUCAAGCUAUUCAAGAGUCUGAAUCAAGUUCAGUGUGUAAAAAAUCUGAGUCUCCAGAAGCAAAUGACUCGACUGAAGUGUACCAAGGGCCUUGUCAGAUGGAGAUGUCAGUAUUAGACGAGAAACCUGCGUUAACUGAAGCUUGUGAAGAAAUAGGUUUUGCUCAAGCAAACAGUGCAACGGAGAAACGGGAAUUCAUCGGCACUUCAAGGAAAAGUUGUUCCUCUUCCUCAUCGUCCCCAGCAUCGUCACCAGACAGCCAGAAAUCUAGAAAUUCUUCGGGUGAACAUUGUUACAGUUUGAGGUCUCGAGGCCCACCGAGUAAGAUUAAGCAGAAGCUGUUAGGAAACGUUGAAGUGAAUAAUGACGUGCAAGAGGAGAACUCUGUGAAAACUUCCUUGGGUAAAGCUAGUGAGAAAGUGGGAGGAGAAGAUGGACACGCAGAUGACGAACGCGAGAAAGAAGAUGAAUUUAGCAGAUUCCCACAUUUGGAAGGAUCAGAUGGCGGUGCGGAAGAGAAGAAAAGGAAACGAAAACGAAAAACAAAGAGACACAGAGUGAAUAAACGAAAAAAGAAGAAAUUACCAGAAAAGAAUGGAAGUAAUUCACCCAUUACAGUUAGUGCCAAGAGAAAAUUGCCAUUAUCUACAUCAGUUACUACUUCUCACAGUUCUUUAACUUUGUUGGAAAAAGAUGUUACUGACUGCAAUUUAGACAUUGAUGAAAUCAUGGACAGUUCUGGAGAUGAACACGUAUUCGUGAGCCCCCCGUCUCAUGGUUGUGCAGUGCUGGAUAUUAAGGUUGUAGGAGAUUUUGUGAUAACUGCGUCAAGUGAUGGUACUGCAAGAUGUUACAACAUGAUUUCAGGGCGUGUUAUGGCCACAUACGUCGACCACACCGACAUUGUGACGUGUGUCGGAGUGGUUGGCAAACCCGAUUUUGAAACGGAUUCUCAAGAAUUUCAGGUUGUAACAGGAUCGGCAGACAAAACCAUAUGCAUAUUUAAUGGAAAGACUGGCAUAGCAAAGCAGCACUGUAAGGUUGGCGAGGGCGUACGGUGUCUUGACAUAUCUUGGGGCCAACUCUUUCUUGGCACGGAAGGUGGCUGUGGAGCAAGAUGGAACUUCAAGGACAAAGGUGUGACGGAGAUGGUGCAGUUCUGUGGUAAAGCAGUAACAAGUCUGAAGGCCAUGACUGAGGGUGGCCGGAGGGUUCUGCUUGUUGCCGCCAAAACUACGCCGCUCAUGAUCCGAGAUGCCAUGACAGGUCUGUUUUUGCGCACGUUGGAGCACAUACAGGUGACAGUGUAUGCAACUGUGUCACACGGAGGACUUCUCUACACCGGUGGCUCAAACAAGGCCAUUGUGUAUUAUGACUUUACGACGGGUAGCAGCAGAGGACACAUAGCAAGUGAGGCUGACGUGUCGUGUCUCAGCAUCUACAAAGGUCGCCUCGUUGCCACGUGUUAUGAUGGACUCGUCCGAGUAUUUUGCCUGGCUACUGGCCAGCUUUUACAAAGAAUACCGGUUGAAGCUACAAAUAAAAUUUUCAUUUGCUCAGCAUUGUAUAAAGACAGAUUACUGGUGGGAAACAAGAAGGGAGAGGUGGUGGGUUGUCACCUGGCGCAGCUUGCUAGUCAACCUGGCCAGAGUAACUCGUCACAAUAAAGCUGUCUGGCAUUCCUUGGCAGUGGAGGCCCAGCAAGUUGGAGAUGUGACAGCCAACUUGGAGAUGCGGCUUCCACUCAAGAUGGAAACGGGACAAAAUUAAUAUUUCUCCUACGAAGAAUCGGUGCUCAGAUAUUUGUUUAGAAUAUUAGGUGAGAUUUUAAGAAUGUUUAUGAAAAGUUUAGCCACUAGAUGACUGCCUUCAGUUGGUGUACAUAUAGUUUUCUGAAGUGUAGACUUAUUUGAGUCUGGCUCAAUCUUGCUCACUAUCUACAGAAUUGUGUUCUCCAGUCUUGUGUCCAUCCAAAUGUUGAUGAUUAAUCUUUUUUAAGCUGUGGAAUCAUAAUAAGCAUAUCCCUUUGUAGAAUGUCAAAUCUUUAUUGUAUACCGGACUAAGAAGUCUUUCAGCAAAUCAUUGUUUGCGAAGCGAAAGUUAUUUUAAUGAUGCAACCUUCGAUACAUAAAAGGCGAUAUUUUUAAAAUGAGAACCCAGCUUGGCCAUUCAUAAUAGUGUCAGCACCCGUGGUUGUUAACUCUUGCCGAACCCCUUGUGGUAAAGUUCGGGAUUUCCAUUAAAAAAAAAUAAAAUACUUUGUCCUAUGAUGUCUUUCAUAAGUGAAUUUGUAGAUCUCUGUGUUUUAUACACAAAUGUAAACAUUUCUUUUCCUUGGUGGUGUCACUGGUUAAGAAAACAUUUUGUUUAAGCUGGAAUAUUUUGCAGUUUGUAACUGUUAUUUGUUAUUGAUUUUACAGGUCUAUGUCCUGGAAUUUUGCACUCAAGCACAAAACGUUUUAUGUGAUACUGGGCUGUGUUCAGGAAAUGCGGCAGUGAUACAUUCUCAGAACUAUAGAGCCAACUGAGGCACAUGUGGUCAAGUGUUCUAUUCACAAUUUGUGUCAAUUCUAAAUACAAAUAUUAAAACAUAAAAUAGGUUGAAAAUGGGAUGAUUUACAUCGCUUCUAAUCAUGUUAGAAGUUCAUCAGCAGAUUAGACGAACUUAUAAGUUUUAACCAAUUUUGUUUUAAUUGCACUGUUGGUAUGUAUGUCUUAACAUUGUGGAAUCUUUAUUACAAAUUGCCAAGAAAAGUUUGCACUAAGCCAAACAUCUGGAACUGAAAACGUACCACAAUUCCUAAUGAGGCACUUCUCUGUACCCGUAAAUAUGUUUUGAGAAAACCCAAGAUAAAAAUUAACUUUGUAAGUCCGAGUGUAGUGCUGCUCAUUUUAUGCCGUAUACAAUGGUGGGUUACCAGGUGUUAGCGUAACAUUGUGAAUGUGAGCUAGACUCGCAGUGGCGUUGGUGGUUGCUGUACGAGGAUGAAUACCUGUACUGUCUUUUGUGAAGGUGGCCCAAGGACUUGCUAGUCAGGCUCAAACAUUGGCCAUGAUCUUUCAUUAUUUUCAUUAUUUCAUUAUUUUCAUUAUUCUCUUUCAUUAUUUUCUGUUAAGGUACUGUAAAUUUAUUAUUUUUUCAGGAUUCUCGGGAUAUUAGUGUUUUGCUCAUACAGAUCUCAAACAUAACAUUUGUUGUCAAAUUUUAAUGUUUAUCACAUACUUGCUGUUUAUAUAAAUAAAUAAAAUCCAAUC